AUGUCGCCCAACUCCCAUCUCUCGUCCUCUCACAGCGCCCUGACGGCGCAGUCUGCAGCGUCUCCUCCGGUCUCUCAAGUGACUGCGGCCCCUACGGCUCGCCGCGCACCGAUUACGCAGGAGGAGGACGAGCGGUUUCAGCGGUUGGCUGCGUUCCUCAAGGCUCGAGUCGGACUGGCUGGUCCUAUCGGCACUUCCGAAGCGACCUCUGAGUUUUCAAGGGUCUCGACUAUCCCUUCUGUUUCGUCGAGUCCCGCGCGGGAUGCCCGCCGGGAGUUGGAGGAGCGGAGGAAGAGGCACGAGGAGUACAGUGCGUACAAGGCGCGCGUGGGCGGGUGGGCGAAGACGGUCGUGAAGAACGAGCCUGAUAGGUUGUUCGGAAGGCAGUGCUUGUCGGACGAGCCAACGUAUUUGGUGGACAAAGGCGGAGACUUCCUCGUCAAGCACCAGAUUCUCGAGUCGACGGGCCUCUUCACGAACCCUCUUUGGGAGCUGAACGGUCCGCACAACCUCUUCCUCGUCGGUCGAGGUCUCCGCUACCAGGCAGACAAGCUGCUGUCCUGGGUCUUGCUGUACGAGGAGCAGACCGCUUCAGCAUACACCGAGCUCGUCCUCCUGUCCGACGAGCGGCGGCGCAGCAGGCCUGAGCGGGAGCGAGAAAUCUCUGCGUUGGGUGCCAACGACUUUUUCGACGAGCUUGUCAAACGCGGGAUCAACAGGCCGCACUUCCGCUUCCUUGCGCUACGACCCGAUCAACUCGGAACGCUUGAGCAGUCAGGAAAGCGUACGUUCGACCACGCUGUCAACGGAAAGUCUGUCUUCCUCGAAGUCUCGACGGACGGGAAUCUUUACCUCCCGACGACGGGCCAACCUUUGCCCGCCUUCUCACACGACAACAACCGAGGCUUGCGGGACCAGCUCUAUCCUCCGGCGGUCGCUCUGCGUGCUACCGUACCUCUCGCCUUUUCCGGCGUUCUCCAGACUUGCCAGAACUUCCCUUCCUUCAGAUCCGACAUCUUCGCCAACCUCAAGCUCUUCAGCAUCAUCUUCAAGCCUUUGACCUCGGACUUCCAGGACGAAGAGCGUCACGACAAUUGCGACGCAGACGCUCAUCUCGCUUCGGCCGUCUCAACCGCCGCCUCAAGCUCUGCGUGCUUGUCCAUCCCGAAUGCGAGCGCAGUACCCAGCACGACUGACUAUCCCGUCGACGCUGCGGCGAAGGUUACGGCAUGGCUUCAGUCGUCGCUCUGCGAUGGCGCUUCCGACGCGAUGGCUUCCUUCCCCGACCCGUCAUGCCGUAACAAGCGAACGCAGACUUGCAGGGCGUACAAGGCGAUCUCGUCUCUAACGACGGAUUAUGUGCGCUCGGACACCACCUGCUCAGACGAGAGCGAGGAGUGCGCCAGGGCCUGGCUCAAGUUCGAAGAUUCGCACGACAUUCCUCUGCUGCAGCGACUCGCAUACGACCCUCGCGUUGACCUCGGGUUCAGGCUUCGUCUCGUAGCCAAGCUCGUCUGUCCAGGACUCUUCCCGCGUGGAUGGCAGUCACUGCUUCCGCCUUUCGCUGCCGAGGAAUCGCCAAGCUGCCUCACCAGCCCGGAUCAGGCUACUUUUCCUCGCCAUCUUCUUCCUCACGGCCCAACAGUCCUUGACAUGCCAGCGACGUCGUAG